AUGGUUGCUCCAUUAUUAGGAAUUUUAUUUAUUAGUUUAGCUUUAAUUAAUUUAUCAUCAAAUAUAAAUCCUUAUCUACAUUUAUUUCUGCGUGAUCAUUUAAAACAAAUUCAAGAAAAUCUUCCAAUUGCAUAUCUUCGUGAAAGUUCAAUAAAUCAAUUUCAAACAAUAUUUUCUAUCUAUGUUCUUAUCUGUGGAUUGAUUAUAUUUAUUGGUGAAGGUUUAAUACGUUUAUUAUUUAUAAUUCCAUUAUCAAUAAUAUUAAUAUAUAUAAUACAAUUUACAAUAAUUUAUGGUAUAACAUUAGCAAAUCUUCCUGUUUAUAUGUUUUUAUUUGUUUGUAUAAUGAUUAUUCUUUUUAAUGAUUGUGCUGAAUUUGAUGAACUUGAAGUAAAAUAA